AUGGCGGGUCCCUCGACUUCCACCGCCGCCGAGUCCUCGAUGUCACACUUCUUGCGCGGCGGAACGACGAUCGGCGGCAACAACAGCGCCCGCAUCACCGACAUUUUCUCGCUCGAACACGUCACUUUCCGCGUGCCGAUGGAAGAGCUCACUAUGAAAUUCAAGCAGGGUCAGAAGGUGAGAAAUCUAUGAUCGUCGAAUAAAUAUUGUCGUUUUGUUGCAUUGGGAACUAAGACUGCAAGGUGGUCUAGAACUAGAGAUUAUGGGCUGUGAUGUGAAAGCUCAAGUAUAUAUAUAGAAACAGGCAGAAAAGUUAUAUUCAAAUGGAUAUUGCUUUAACGAAUAUCACAAAAGAUCACGAUUAUUAGCUUACAGAUGUUUAAUUGAUCUUCAGUAAUAAUUUGCAGGAGCUCGAGGCGGCGGCGAGUAAAGUGCAAAAAGCGUCGGCGAUGUUGGCGGCAGCGACUGCCGACGCAAAAGAGCCCGUCGACAAGGAGCUGCUGCGGAAGAAGUUCGAGUUUCUGAUUCGGCAGGUCAAAGACGCGCGCGCCACGAUGGAUCGGGUCUGUAAUUCGGAAUUGGAGCAGGCGCGCAAGAUCAUGGAUCGCUGCGAGCUUCUCAACGAGGAAUAUUCGGUUAGUCGGGGGAUUUUUCAAGAAAAAAUCGACACUGGACAGUCUCUUUUCAGCUGACGCCCGACUCUGGUCCGAACAAGAUCGAGCGUCUGCAGAACCAGCAGCAGAUGCGCUACAUCAUCUGGCACCUCCUCCGCUGCGGAUUCCUCGACGCGGCCCGUUCGCUGACCGAAGACAUGAAACUGCAGAAAAUGAUCGAUUUGGACGUGUUCGACAAAAUCCACGCGGCCGAGCAGGCACUGCUCCGCAAAGAGACGAAACCCGCCCUCCAGUGGGUGGCCAUGUACGGCAGCAAACUGCGGAAGUUGGACUCGCGACUGGAAAUCGCCAUCCGACUGUUGGAUGUCGUCGAGUUGGUCGAGACGGAGAGACCCACGGAGGCACUCAACUACAUCCGCAAGUUCAUCACUCCGCUCACCAGAAAGACGCACAAGGCCGAUUUGAACAGGGUGAGCUGGCUUUUUCGGUCAAACAAUGUUUUAUUUGUUUUUCCUGAUAUUUCAAAUGAUUUUAGCACUGGAAAGUAGAAGGGAAUACGUACCUUCUCAUACAGUAUUUAUGGUGUUCACGAAGAAAAACAGUGUGUUUUGCAGGCGAUGAAAGGCCUCUACCUGACGCUGGACGACGCGCGCACCAACGACCCGGAGAUCUACUCGGAGGAGCGUUGGCAGAACGCCGCCAACUUUUUCCUCGGCGAAGUGUACCAAGUGUUCGAGAUCGACGGGACCACCGCACUCGAGGCACUCGUUCAGAUCGGACUCGCCGCCAUGAAGACGCCAAUGUGCAAGCCGAACACCAACAAACCCGCGCAUAAGGUUAGCAAUUGGCUCAAUCGGGUGAAAAACCCAUUAGCACUUUGAAAAAGAGCAGGCUGGUACACCUGUACUAUAAAAAAACAUCGGAAUUGUCAGAAUCUGCCAAAUAAAAUGUUUUCUUGCAGAUAAAAUGCCUGGUGUGCCGUCCGGACAUGUGGGAAAUCGCGGAGCACCUUCCGUACGCGCACGUCGAAAACUCGCGAAUUCUGUGCUCGCUGACGGGCCAAUUGUGCGACGACGACAAGAAUAUACCGUAUUUGUUUCCGUCCGGACACGUCUUCGGCCUAAAAACCAUCGAGAAACUGCGCCGACCGGACAACAAAAUCUACGAUCCGGUGCAGAAGCGCGAGAUUGCCGACACGGAAAUUCUUCGUCUUUAUUUCCUCUAA